CGGAGAGUUCAGGCACUGCUCUGGAGAUUUCCUGCGACCGUUUAAAACGAGUGAUGCAAUCUGCAAGUAGCAAAUUGAGGAGAAAGAAAAUGAAUACAGCACAAGCGGAAACAGGUGAUACCACGUCGUGCCUUCCAGAUGAAGCUUUAGAAACUUUACUCGUUGCUGAACAUUCUACGCAGGUAGAUAGUACCGUAAAUGAUCAGGAACUUCUCACUGAAGAAGAUGUCACCAUAGAGGGUAUUGACAAAGAAAACAUAGAGAAUACUUGCCUUCAGACUGUCCAGCCAAAAAUACCUGAAAAAACAAUCGAAACAAUUCUUCAUAAUCUAAAAACUCACUCAAACAAGAACAUUGUGAAGAAAUGGUCAAACAAAACAACUGAUGGACUAAAAGAAGCUUUAGUCAACAGACUAUUACUCAUGAAAAUGCAGCAUGAAGAAAUGAAUGUAGUCAUUGAAGCAACAAAAGAGCUACAUAAUAAAUUGGGAAUAAGAAUUAAGAAAUCAUGCUCGCGGGAUGAAAAGGCAAAACAAAUUAAAAAAAUGUUUAGUGAGAACGAAGAUGACACAUGGGAGAGGAAAGUAAAAAAAAUGAUGCCCCUCAAAUAUAUUGCCUCUGUUAUUGUCCGCUCAAGCUCAACCAAAAUACCAAAAGAGCGACUAAAUAAUACAAUAGCGGCUUUGAUUUAUGACACAAAAUAUGAUGAAUGGGGGGAAAAUUCGACAUUUCAGCUUCACACAAGGAUCGAGAAUGUAGGCACAACCAUGUGGUUCUCUUUUCCCGAAUUCAACGAAGAGAGACAACAAAUUGAGCCAAAGUGUUUGGACGCCCACCAUUUGUUAGUAAAUCUACGCUGUAAGGUGUGUAAAGAUGGCUUGCUCGGUGUACGGAAGGAGGCAUGGCAUAGAGUAGCAGAGAACAACAACUCCAUUAUCAGUAAUGCUAUCGUUGUUGACUUGGUGGAUAAACAAAAUAAUGCCUUUGCGAAAAGGACAUUUUCAAAAGCUGUUGAAGAUGAAAUGCGAAAUCUUGCGUUUUCUACAGAAGCAGACUUUUGCAGCCUUAUUCGUCGAUGGUACGAAUCUGAAGACUCAGGAGGUAUUUCUGCUGUAGAAAGAAUUCAACGAAAACUUGACCUGAAAUCCUUCUUGCUGAGGGAUGUUGAUUUUGGAGUUUUUCCUCCACCGGGGAUGUAUGUCAAAGGAUUCCCAAAAGUAAUGUACGAGGGUUUUCUCCAAAGAAUAGAUACAUCUAUUCAGUUGUACAGUAUUGUGAAAGGACAAUCUUAUAAUCAGAGAUCACUUUCAUCUCUUGUAAAUGAAACAUUCUUUGGUGAAUUAAGCGAGCUGGAACCAACAAAGCUUGGAUGUCCGAAAGCUGUUAGUGUCCCACGCCUCAUGGCUAAUGUUACAGAGAUGCAGUACUAUCGAUGUGAUCCAUCGGACAGAGCAUUCCAUAUCUGCACCACACGGAAGUCUGUGUACCCCAAUGAGAAACUGAUGGAACCUUUAUAUCAUACAUUUGAAGAAAAUGAAGUUCAAGAGAUUUGCUACCUGAGGCCUGUGUCAUUGAUAUCACCAAGAAACCAUGCAUUCGAUGCUCCUGAGCUGUUUGGAAAUCGACAACGGAAGUCCAAGCGAUCUGAUAUAUCACAACCUAGUGGUGUAUCUAGAGGAUGCCUUCCAGUUCGUCAACAUCAUAAGUGUGACGAAUCAAAGAUUUUACCGACGACGCGUUUGGGUAUUCCUCUGCAGGAAAAUCAUCCUUAACAUUUUCAUUGGUAGAAUACUAUGAAAUGUGUUUUUGUAAUGAAAACCCAAACAAGACUGAUUUAAUACCAUUUUUGUAAAGUUUAUUCUGCACUCUUUGCAAACAUCUAAAAAUAAUACAUGCAAAUUUUAGUUUUGGUUGUA